UUUCAAGUAAGUUCAAGAACUUCGCAUUUUUACGAAGUGUGUAUUGAAAUAUUUUCUUUUAAAAUGUCUCGACCUUCAGAAAAAUACCUAAAAUUGAUGAAAGUCCUUCGUCUCUGUGGUGCAGCUUGUGGUGCAGAUGUUGCUGAUCCUAAUUAUCGUGUUAAUUUCAUAACAAUUUGUGUCAUAAUUUGUAUAACUGUUUAUUUUAUAUUUUCCGUUUACACGGUGCAGCUAAAAUUUUCAGAGAAUUGGGGAGUACUCUUAGAAUCAUUCUGCAUGGUUGGAAGUGUUUUUCAAGGAAUCGCUAAACUUUUAAGUGGUAUCGUUUAUACAAGGCAUCUAUCCGACAUAAAUAUUGAAAUUUUUACUAUCUAUGAGGAAUACGAAGCCAAGACUAAUUACUACAUCAAAGUUCUAAAUAAUUCCACGGCAAGAGUCAAAUUCCUGCUGAAGACUCUUUCCAUUCUGCAUGUAAUUAUUUUCUUUUGGCUUUUCACUGCUCCCGUAAUAAUGUACUUAAUGAAUGGUCAACGUUACAUGCUGAUGCAAUUCUAUUUACCUGGCUUGGAUGUGGAAACGGAUUUUGGAUAUUUUACUACAAUUGGAAUGCAAUUUGCAUGCUUGGUUUUUGGCGGAUUCGGUAAUUUCGCAGGAGAUUUAUUCUUCAUAGUUUUCAAUAUGCAUGUUACGUUGUUUGCGGAUGUUUUGAAGGCGAAAAUUAUUGAAUUCAACGAAAUUGCUGAUGAUAAUUUUGAGAUGAUGAAGAUGGACCAUUUGUUAAAUGAUAUCAUAGGAUGGCAUCAAAAGUAUUCUCUAUUUGCCAAAACAUCCAACAAAAUUUUUGAUUGGAUAACAUUUGUUCAAAUUGUAACAACUUCACUGUCAAUUGUUCUUACGCUUUUUAUAUUGUUAACCGGAGAUUGGCCUGGAUCAUAUUCAUAUUUGGCUCUGGAAUUACUCAUGCUAUAUGUUUAUUGUGGAAUUGGAACUUUGGUCGAAAAAACAAAUGAUAAAUUUUGUGAUGAGAUCUAUGCAAUCAACUGGUAUAUGUUGGCACCACCACAACAAAAAUGCGUUUUGCUAAUGUUAAUGAAGUCGCAAGAUCCCGAAUUAAUUACAGUUGGAGGAGUUAUGCCACUGUCAGUGAGCACAGCUUUACAGGUUACGAAGUCAGUAUACAGCAUAAUGAUGAUGAUUUUAAAUUUUAUUGAAUAAAUAUCAACAAGGAAAAAAAAUACGAGUUUCUUAAUGUGAAUCCAUUGAUUUAAUACCAACUGCUUAAAAGUUAUUAACAUUAUUUUGUGCAAUUAAAAAAAAAGAAAAUGCAUCUAUGUAUGUGCAUGUUAAUAAAACAUAUUAAUUUAACUUAA